GGGCAGCGCGGAGUCGGCGCGGCGCGAUGGGGCGGCCGCAGUAGGGCCGGGCCGGCGCGAUGGGUUCGGAGCGCGGGGCGCCGCUGCCGCUUCCCCAGGAAGGGCGGCCGCUGGAGGCGGACCGGGGCGGCGGGAGCGGCUGCGCUUGCGGCCGGCGGGGCUCGGGCGCGUGGCGGGCGGUGGCCGGCUUCUUCGCGCUCUCGCUGGCGCUGCACCUCGUCACGUUGGGCUGCUACCUGGAGCUGCGCUCGGAACUGCGCCGCGAGCGGACGGCGCCCGAGGCCGGCUGGCAGCCGCGGGGCACGGCCCGAGCCCAGGCGGCCCCCGCGCCCCCCCGUCCCGCCCGGGCUCUCGCGCCCGGCUGGCGGUGGCAGCAGCAGGAGCGCGUCCCCGGCGAGCCCGGUAGCGGCGGCCCGCGGCAGGUGGCCUUGCUGAAUGUCUUCUCCCCUGAGAAGCCUCUCUUUAGAGAGGAAAGCCGCCGUGUGCGCAGAAACAAAAGAAGCAAGAACAACGAAGGAUCAGAAAGCACAAGUCCUUCUAAAAGGAAGAAAGGCAAAAAAGCUGGCCCUCCAGGACCUGCUGGGCCCCAAGGCCCUCCUGGGCCACCUGGGCCCCAAGGCCCCCCCGGAAUUCCAGGUAUCCCUGGCAUUCCAGGUACCACAGUGAUGGGACCUCCAGGACCUCCGGGACCUCCAGGCCCCCAGGGACCCCCUGGAUUGCAAGGUCCCACCGGUACAGCAGAAAGAGCAGGGCCUCGGGAUUCACAGCCAGCAGUAGUUCACCUUCAAGGACAGGGCUCGGCUAUCCAAGUCAAGAAUGAUCUUUCAGGUGGAGUCCUUAAUGACUGGUCUCGCAUAACAAUGAACCCGAGAGUGUUUAAGCUGCACACCCGGAGUGGCGAGCUGGAGGUACUGGCAGACGGCACGUACUUCGUCUAUAGUCAGGUAGAAGUAUAUUACAUAAACUUCACAGAUUUUGCCAGCUUCGAGGUGGUGGUGGAUGAAAAACCUUUUCUGCAAUGCACUCGGAGUAUUGAGACAGGAAAGACCAACUUCAACACCUGCUACACAGCUGGGGUUUGUCUCCUCAAAGCUCGGCAGAAGAUUGCUGUUAAAAUGGUCCACGCUGACAUCUCCAUCAACAUGAGCAAGCAUACCACCUUCUUUGGGGCCAUACGGCUAGGGGAUGGACCCUCUUCUUAAGGACCUUGGGACCUCAGGCGGGGGCUUCUGAAACCACCUGGCAUCACUGUUCAAAAGAUUGGGAAGAGUGAAAGAAAGAACUGAUGAGAUAUUUAUUUUUUUAUGUAACUACCGGAAGUAAGCCAGGUUUCCCUUGGUGCCAGUGGAGCAGUGCUAAAAAAUGGAGCACUGCUAGGGGGGAGGGCAAGCCUGCAAGACCUUCUACCUGAGCUGUAUAUAUCACAUCAGAGGCAGGCGGUCAGAAGGCCACUUCCUUCCCACAACUUGCACUGAUAAGAGUUACUAUGGCAACAGAUGAUGGAAGGUAUGCAACUGAAUGCUCUCCAGGAGGAUGUACGUUAACGGCAAAAGAUUUUCUCCCCCUCUUUAUUUUUGAUACCAAAUAUACAAAGGACCUAGAAUGUGGCCAGGACACAUCCAAAUUCUGAUCAUAAUAAGUUUCACAUUUUAGAAACUGGAAUUACAGAUGAAGGGACUAUUUAUGAAGCUGGAAGUUGCCUUUGGCAAAAAACACACUACCCAGUUAAAAUAAUGAAUUCGACUUUCAAAAGCAAAUGUGUUGCAGGUUUUUAAAAAAGAGGUUUCUUUCUGGAUUUGGUUUUGUAGGGUCUGUCUCUACCAUGAGAUGUUCAGAAUGUGGAAUUCCCUAUUCAGUCUUGAUACUUUUCUUCCAGACCAAGAUUAGCAGGGGGUGGUGGUGGUGGUGUGUCUUUCUUCAAACUUCCCAGUGGGCUGAGUCAGGGCAGUAAAACACAAUCUUGCCUUGCACAGUAUAUUUGUCCUGAGAUGUGGACAAGCUACCUGUUUCCUAUUAAGAAAAGAGAGGCUAAGGGAAGGCAGUUAGGCAGUUCUGGGAUUGAGUUCAGACUUGGGUGGAAUCUGGGAAGCAACUUUUUCCAAUGUAUACAGAUCAAUUUCAGCCAAACUUUAAAGCGACUGCUUCCCACCUGAUACUUUAACGCUGUGAAUUAUAAUUGCAAAGACAAUAUGACUGGGUACUCUAUUUUUUUGUGGAGCAAUUCUGGCAAACUAUCAAGUCAGCUGGCGAGGGGGAUCAUUUAGAGUUUGACUCUGUCUUUUAGAACAGGGGUCCCCAACCUUGGCGACUUUAAGACUUGUGGACUUCAACUCCCAGAAUUCCUCAGCCAGCAAAGCUGCUGAGGAAUUCUGGGAGUUGGUCCACAAGUCUUAAAAUCACCACGGUUGGGGACCCCUGCUUUAGAAAGGUGAUGGGAGAAAAUUAAAGCAACGAUUGUGAUGAUGUAAUCUGUUUCUUCCAGCUUUCUGCCAGGGAGACAAAAAAUGUCACCAGUUUGUUUCAGCCAAACCAGCUCUUAGUAACGGCCAUCCUGGUAGAGUAGUUGGAGAAGCAGAAAAGUGCCAGCAUGGUGCUUGGUUUUAAUUGGCAACUGUAAAGAUGAAAUUCUACAAUUGUGCUAUGCACAGAUGUCUUGAUUCUCCUGUUCUCAUUUAUUUGCAAAGAUGAAGAAAUGCUUCUGAAAAAGGUUUGCGUAUUAUCUGCAGGCUCUGGUUUAGCAAUGACUUUUAAAAGAAAGCUGCAGCGAUGCCAGUCCCAUCAUUUCCAGUGAUGUAAGGUUGUUUCAUUUUGGAAAUAGUGGCCCAAGACUGAAAACUCCCCAAGAAAUAUUUAAACCUUCUCUGUUUUUGCCCUUCCAUCAGCAACAUAAGGGCCAAGGCUCCAGGCCAACGGUUCUGUUUGUCCAGUGGGACACUUACAAGUAAUCCUUGACUUAUGGCCACCAUUUCUGUUGCUAAGUGAAACUUUUGUUGUGAGUUUUGCCCCAUUUUACCACAAUUGUUAAGUGAAUCGCUGCAGUUAAUAACAGAGGUGUUCAGUGA